CUUCCCCACCAUCACUCCCUGAGUCCACACAUACACCCACUCACCGAUGUUGGCCACAUCCAUGGGCUGGUGUAUGUGCUGCUCUAAUCUGGCCAUAUGCUCUCCACACAAAUUAUGAUGAGUUGGCGUGCACCUCCACUCUGUCAGCCCUCCUGCUCGGAUCAAGCAGGCUCACCACUUAUCCACCCAUCUUCUCUGCACCCCCCAUCGGCUCAUGACGGACUCCCAGAAUACACGAUCUUAUGUGUUCUGGGGGUCAGCGAGUAGCUUCGCCUGCUGUUUCAGCCAUCUUUUUUUCCCUUCCCCUUUCCCUUAGCCCAGGCAUUCUACAGUACCUUAUAGUCAUUCAUUCUUGUACCUUGUAGCUGCAAUUCAUAUGUUUCAAUCCUA